AUGCUACCCACCGGUAACUCCACUUCCCCAGCUUUCUUCUUGACUGGCAUCCCAGGUCUAGAGGCUUUUCACAUUUGGCUUUCUAUCCCCUUCUGCUGCCUCUGCGUAAUGGCACUCAUGGGGAACAGCAUCAUUCUCUACGUCGUGAUGACAGACUCCAGCCUCCACGAGCCCAUGUAUUAUUUCCUCUCCAUGCUGUCUGCCACAGACAUGGGCAUCACUAUUUCCUCCCUUCCCACCACACUGGGUGUCUUUUGGUUCAAUGCCAGGAUCAUUAGCCUAGACUGUUGCAUUGUGCAGAUGUUCUUUCUGCAUGGCUUCACCCUCAUGGAAUCCUCUGUGCUUUUGGCCAUGGCUUUUGAUCGUUUUGUUGCCAUCUGCAACCCCCUGAGAUAUGCUAUGAUUUUAACUAACUCUAGAAUCAUCAAAGCUGGGGUGGUGAUUUUUGUACGAAUGCUGAUCAACUUGAUGCCCUUGCUCCUGCUCCUCAAGCGGUUGUCUUUCUGUGGUCCGAAUGUGCUUUCCCACUCCUAUUGCUAUCACCCUGAUGUGAUUAAAUGCUCCUGCUCAAGUACAAAGAUUAACAGCAUCUGUGGCUUAGUUGCUCUCAUUCUAACAUCAGGUAUUGACAUCCCCUGUAUUUUCCUCUCAUAUGUGCUCAUCAUCAAGUCUAUCCUUAGCAUUGCCUCCACUGAAGAGAGGCAAAAAGCCUUUGGCACCUGUGUCUCCCACAUUGGUGCUGUUGCCAUCUUCUACAUUCCCUGGAUCAUUUUGGCUUUAGUACAUCGAUUUGGCCAUAAUGCUCCUCCAUAUGUCCAUACACUGAUGUCAAAUCUCCAUUUCCUCUUCCCUCCGGUGCUGAACCCCAUAAUAUAUAGUGUGAAGACCAAGCAAAUCCGUAAGGCCUUCCUCAAGCUGUUUCCAAACAGAGUAGGUAGGCUGACCAUGCGGCAACAUAGAUAG